AGCGGCUCUGAAAAUGGAAGAUGGAUGGAUGAACAAGUUCUUCACGUUGACUCUCGGACGUCUUUAAUCGCUGUAAUCAUAUCGAUGCAAUUUGCACUAGUGGAUUGACUCAUGAUGUCUGAGCCAAAUCAGCGCAUCGAGGUCGACUGCUCAUGUCUGCCGUGGCCAACAUGGCGGCAUCCGCAGAUUCGCGUGGGCUUUUCACGGAUGGUGUGAGGGCAGCCCUCCACACGUGGCCCGUUCUGCAGAUUGCGCUGGAUAACGGCUUCGGAGGCGUGUACGGGGAGCAAAAAGCUGAUUGGCUGGUGGAUGUUGUCCAGCAGUAUUUCCAUGACAAUGCUGACUUGGAGCAGGAUGAAGUUGAAGAUUUCAUCAGCACCCUCAUGGAUCAAGAGUUUCAUACGGUGGUGGAUGAUGGGAGUUUACCUCAGGUGUGUGUACGACUGAUGCAGAUGUUCUGUCAGUGGCAGCAGGGGGCGCUGCAGCAACUGUCACACUCCAUCCAAUUGCUGACACAGAACAAGCCGCCCAGGGCCAAAGUCGCAGCUCCGCCCACACAGUCGGACUCGGACAGUGAUGGCGAAACACAGGUGAUGGAGUUUGAAAGUACCUCAGCCAAUACAAAAAAUCAUCAUCCUCAUGAAGAUGAAGAUGGAUGGACGCUGGUUGGAAAAAGGAAGUGAUGCUCAAGAUGACCUUUGACCUGCUCUUGCAUUGACUUUGAGGACUGGUGACGCUUCUGUGAUGCCAUCAUGGUUGUUCACAUGACUCUACAUUAUGUCUCCACCUUCACAUUUUUGUGUUUUCUUUUUGGGGGGGAAACAAAAAAAUUGUGAUUCCAAUUGGUCAUUUUGUGUCUGCUCUUUGAACUCAACAUGAAUGCAGAAAGAGAACGAUGAAGAAUCUCCCCAAAAGCAGAUAUAGUAAAAAAAAAUAAUAAUAAUAAAAUAAAAAAAACUUUAGUCCAGCAAGCAGCUGAGUUUGUGUGUAGUAGCUUUGCAGUGUGCAUGGUACAUUAUUGAUAAAUGACUUUUUUAUUUGUGUACAAAAGCUGUGGUACCUUGAAUGAAGUGUUUUGUUUGGUCUGUGCCUGAGCUGGUAACGUAUUACUUGUACACUGUCGAACAAUUUGAAAAAAAAAAUUAUUCUGUUGAGUUAGAUUUUUAUGCUUGUUAACACAAAAAUUUGCAUGCUGAUUCCAAAAUUGCAGUCGUUUUUUUUCUAGCACAUCUGUCAUGGACUGCCCCGCAGUACUGUUUUGGAGCCUGGAUGGCGCUUUGCGACCUCUUGUUCUGUCUCUUCCCUCCCCUCACUGUUUCAGCUUUCGGGUUAGGUGAGGGGAACCGAACCCUCCCUCUCCCAGUAUAGGGGAAAUAAUUCCCCUUCCGGGAUCGGGGGGGAGAUGCACGGUCCAUCCCCCUGCGCCAUCUCCCGUCUCCAUUUCCCCAUUCCUGGCGGCGUGCCUGCUGGCCACGCCGGUCAUAGUGGACCACUUUCCACUCUCCCCCAGUCAUCUGUGUUUUAAUUUUCUUUUUUAAUUCCAAAUGAAUUGUAUAGAGUCACCUUUGUUAUUUAUAUAACAUUUUUUUUGUUUUAGAUGUGCUAUUUAUUAAUAGGUAUGAAUUUGUAAUAUAUUUCUAAUCAUAACAACCAAAACCCACAACAAAAACCAAAAAACAAAAUCCCCUCAAAAACUUUUUUUGUCGCCCAAACGGUGUGCCUCGACAACGUUUCGGCUCUAAGGAGCCUUCCUCAGGUCCUGGCACACCAAAUUCCAAAAAUACAAUGCACAAUUAUGCGAUGUUUACUGUCCAAACAUUGAAACCAAACUGAGUCAGUAAAAACGUUCUUCCCUUUUAUACACACUGUUUUUUGUCCUAUGUUUAAAAAGAUCUUUUCAAAGAAUAAUAUGUGCAAAGUGCUUGUGUGCGUUGUGCCAUGUGUGAUUGUGUGUGCAUCCAGGGGUUGGUGCGUCCCAGUAGUAAAAGCAGCAUAAAGCUUAAGAUCAUGCCCAAGGUGAAGAGGGAGAAGGAAAAGCUCCACAAGCAGAAGUCAAACAGCUCGCUCUCAGGAACACGGGAUGUCAAGUGUACGACUCCUGAAGCAGAAUCGCCAGGCAACUGAUGAGCUUUUCCGGCCCCUAACCUUGACCUCCGCGAGUGAGGAGAUGCCGUCCUCUUAUCUGCCGGCACCCGCUGUCCUGACUGCGGCUUAGGCGGCAAGGAUUAGCUGUAUUGCGUUUCCUUACUGUGCAUUUUUUUUUUCGAAGCGGUGUCACUCGCAUUGCUCCUCCACUGGCCUGCUGUGCUAAUGAAAGAGCCUACAAUUCUGUCAUUUUGUCAUAAACAGUGUCUACACGUUGCUUGCAUGCAGCAGAGUGCAGCCAUCUCUUAGAAACGACACGACGGAAACCGCCUUCAGACUGAAAUGAGACUUUUCGGGGACACCUUGUUUCUACGUCACGCAACCUUCAAUGACACCAGAAGCCGAUGUGCAGAAAUCUUGGACGUCGAACAGAAAAGAAAAACACUGAAUGUAUUUGUGUGUUGAGCUGUUAAUAAUACUACUGAUAAUAAUACCGAUAAUGAUGUGCACAUGCAAGGUGCUCAAGCGGUUUUGACUUUGUUUGGCUUGUCGUGACCUCAACUAAAGAGGUCAUGGUUGGUGGUUCAUGAUCAGCUGACUGUAGAUGUAAUGCACCAAUGUGAAUGUUUGCUUUGCCAGUUCGCAAUUGUUCUUAUCGUCUUGCUCUCGUGUGUUUGCUGUCCAAUCCCCCACCACCCCCAGGUCCACCAAACCAUCCCUCCCGUGCGUUCAUAAACACGAUAGGAUCAAUGAAGAAAUCAAGUCGGCCAAAUGGGCAAAUCGGUCGUUUGCAUAAGCAUGUUUAGUCUAAGCCGAUGCUUGCUGCGAGGCGCAUACUAAACGAUAGCGCGUGCAGGAACAUGCUCGUUUCCGCUCACGGUCGAGCAUCGCCAAGCUCAACUGUCGUCGGGUGCUGUUUCUGCAUUCGGUGUGCGCCGAUGCCUUUUUGCCUUCAAGGCUUUUGUGGUGUUGUGCCAAGCAGAGCGACACACUACAGUCGUGUGUGCAAUGUGGCGCUCAUUUCAAGUUUACUGUGUCUGUGCUCGCACUUUACAAACUCCUUGAUGGGGGAAAUGUGCGUGUACACGCGUUUACGGGAAAUUAGGUGAAGAAUAUAAAUUUGUAUUUGUGAUGAACUAUUAAAUAUGUAAUGUAAAAAUGCACGCCCAUCGAUGUGAUCCAUGGCUGUGGCGUUCCUGCUCCCGUGUCCACUGACGCGCCGGGCCAACGUGUUACCAUGGUAACCACGUUAUCCAUUUGAAGCUUAAAGCUAAAGCUUAAGUCGACUCGUGAAUCACUUAUUGAUGAAGAUAAAAUGUUUGUGUACAAUGUGUAACUUUUUGAAAUUGUAUCAUCAACUUGUUCUGAACAUAUGAUCGCAACGUGUAUAUUGGUUUUAAAAAGAAAGCUCAUGUAUAUUUAAUUGUAUCAAUGAUUGUUUGAAUGUAAUUUAAUGGGGUUAACAAUGAUUCCGCAAUGCCGGGUGUUUGCACGAGUGUGUGCGUGUUGCCAGUUGUUCCGUCAUGUAUCAAAGAUAAGCUUUGGAAAUUAAAAUGACUUGAUGGUGUGAUAAA